AUGGGUGACGCUGCAUUGCUGGACGAAUCUAAACAACUAAUCUAUGAGAACAAUCGUCUCCGGAGCCGCCUCCAUGACAUAGAGGAAGUUCUUCAGCAAAACGACCAAAACUACAACGAACUAGACAACAAGCACAAAGUGGCCCUCGAGGAAAAUAGGCAACUGGAGAAGAAACUCGACCAAGAGAGGAAGGAACACUUGUUUUCACUCGAAUCAGCAAAUCAACUACGGGAUGAUGAGAAGCAAAAAUUCGAACGCGAAUUAGCGAAGCUCCGCCAAGAAAACGAGCAGAUAAAGGCGGCCACAGUCGAAGUGUCAUUUGAGGAAAACUCACCAAACACCAAUAUGGGGGCAUCAUUUGUAACCGAAGAUGAACAGUCGGGCCGUUCAUACGCCGAAUACCUGGAGCUGCAAACUGUGAACCUUACCAACGACCACAGCCACCUCGAGCAGACGGUCCGAAGUUUGCAGGAACAACUGGUGGAGACCUGUCAAGAAAAUACCAAGCUAAAAGCCGAGUGCGAAGAGGUGUUGCGGCUUCGCGAUGAGAGUACAACGACCCUCUUACCAAAGACAGGUGACGACAACUCGAGCCUGACCGUCGUCGCUGCGCCCAUCGGCGGGACUUACGUCGGCGGCAUGUUCGGAGUGGCCGUCGGUAUGCUACUCGUGUUCGCCUUCCUGCUCUACUGCUUGUGCCUCCGCCCGGUCCGGUUCGUCAUCGACGCCGUUCAUUUGAACAGCCUCUACAACAAACACCAACUGAUC